AUGGAUGACACAAAUAUUAUACGUGAAGAUAGUGGUGAGGAAACUGAGCCGGUAGAACCAAAGCAAAAAAAAACCAAACCAACAACAUCAGAUGUGUGGAAAUAUUUCACAAACAUUGGCAAAGGGGAAGAUGGAAUUGAAAGAGAAAAAUGUACUGGCUGUAAAAUUGCAAUUUUUAAAGUUGGUACAACUCCCAAAGGUACAAAUUAUGGGACAUCACAUUUACGUCGUCAUAAGGAGGUAUGCCCAAUGCUUAAAUUUCAUAAUCUGGGUCAUAUGUUCAUUAAUCAAGAAGGCAAAUUACAGUCUAGAAAAGUUGAUCAACAAAUACAACGUGAAAUGCUUGCAGAAGCUAUUAUUAAGCAUAAUUUGUCGUAUUCUUUUGUUGAAUAUGAUGGAAUUAGGAAUUGGAUAAAUUAUAUAAGUCCAGAUGUUGUGAUGCCUUGUAGAAACACAGAAGUUGCAGAUAUAAGAAAAAUGUAUAUUAGAGAGAAGGAGAAAUUGAAACAAGAAUUGGCUAAAAUUUCUAAUAGAGUAUGUUUGGCUUCUGAUUGUUGGACAUCAUCUACUUCUGAGGGAUACAUUUGUUUAACAGCUCAAUUUGUUGAUGAAAAUUGGAGGUUGAAUUGUAAAAUUCUAAACUUUUGUCGUAUGUAUCCUCCUCACACUGGAGUUGAAAUGGCUGCUGUUAUAUACGACUGCUUGAAAGAAUGGAAUAUAGAAAAGAAGGUAUUUUCUAUUACUUUGGAUAAUGCUACUGCCAAUGAUAGUUUGCAAACUAUUUUAAAAGGGCAUCUUAAUUUGCAAAAUAGUUUGGUGUGUGAUGGUGAGUUCUUUCAUGUGCGUUGUUCUGCUCAUAUUUUGAAUUUGAUUGUUCAAGAAGGGUUAAAGGCAGCUAUUGAUUCCUUGAUUGCAAUUAGGGAAAGUGUUAAGCAUGUUAGAGGAUCAGAUGGGAGAAUGCAAAAGUUUGAGCAAUGUGUUAAGCAAGUUGGAAUUGAAACUAAUCUUGGUUUACGUUUAGAUGUAGUAACUAGAUGGAACUCAACAUAUUUGAUGCUUGAAAGUGCUCUCCCAUAUGAAAAAGUUUUUUCUAGUCUACAUUUACAUGAUAGAAAUUAUACACACUAUCCUACAUUUGAUCAAUGGAGAAGGGCUGAAAAAAUAUGUGAAGUCUUGGAGCCAUUUCAUGAGAUAACAAAUUUGAUUUCUGGUUCAAGUUAUCCAAAUUUUAUGCAAAUUUGGAGAAUUGAAUGCAUGCUGAAAGAGAAGUUGAAUAAUGAAGAUAAAGUUAUUAAGGAUAUGGCUUCAAAGAUGCAUGAGAAGUUCGAAAAAUACUGGAAGCAAUAUAGUGUAGUACUUGCAUUUGGAGCAAUUCUUGAUCCCCGCAUGAAAUUACAAUUUUUAAGUUUUUGUUAUUCUAAGUUGGAUUCUAUUUCCACACAAAAAAAGAUCUCACUUGUGAAGAAUAAAUUGUAUGAGCUUUUCGAUCAUUAUACAAACAAGCAAAAUGUUGUUAGUGCUUCUUCAACUAUUCGGACUACACCAAGUGAAGCUAGGAGGAAACCCAAAGGAUUCAAAGUAUUUAAUCCAACAAGUGUAGACAAUGCAUUGCAAAUUCCUGAAUUUGAGGCUUCCAUGGAGGAGGAGAUCAAUAUGAUUAACAAGAAUAAUACAUUGGUACAUGUACCUAGUCCUCCUCACAAGAAGGUUUUUGGAAUUAGAUGGGUGUUCAAGAUUAAGUUAAAUUCAGAUAGCACACACCACAAGUACAAAGCAAGGCUAGUUGUAGAGGGUAUACACAACAUCAUGGAAUUGCUUUUCAUGAAACCUUUGCACUAG